UAUGAUACUGGACAAUAGUCAAUAGUUCGUUUCACUAAAUAUUCUUUUGUCAAUUUUUAGAUUCGGCUUUUAGUUGCCACUUCCGGUAACGACAGGCAUAAUAUUUACCUAAAAAAAUAUGAAAUUUGAAAUACCUGACCAAAAAGAUAUAUGACAAUUUAAAUUCUAUGUUUCCCUUCCAAUCAAGUAGUACAGCAAGAAUGAAAGUUGUUAUAGAUAUUACGCAAGUAGUGUCUUUAUUUUCAACUGUAAUCUUUGCUGGAUUUGCAUUCUUAUUAGGACAAUACCUCGGAAGCAAACUACCAAAAGGAGAACGCUGGAUACUCGUUUGGUAUAUAUUUGACUCCCUUGUUCAUUUUGUUUUGGUAAGAAAAGCAAACAUCACUGAGGAUAUAAGUAAUGUAUCAAUUGUUGUUAAAUAAAUUCAAGCUUGGAUAUUUCAAUAUGACUGGUUGAUGCCAUAUUUAAGGUCUGUUACUAACACUAACAGUGUCAGUGUCAGUGUGUUAGAUAUUUAAUGAAUGAAUGCAAUUUUUUUUUUUUCUGUUUACUCUGUAACUUGUAAUAGUUGUAACUCACUCUGUACUCGCUGUGGUAAUCUACCAUUUUAGCGUCCGCCAAAAAAAAAUCCAGUUGUUCCGGUUGGAAGGGCUAUUUAAACAACUAUUCUUACAUUGGAGUCUCUGUUAAUAUUUUUGCCUCCGUAUAGAGGCUAUAAAGUUAUGUAGCACAAUACUAAUAAAUUUAAAUAACUGCCAAACUACCGAUAUGCCAGGAAGAAAAAGAGACUGCAAUAUUUUUUUUUUUUGCUCCAGAUAACGCGGAUGUCCACACACAGAAUGUGGAAAACGUGAAUGCUCAGAAAGCGUAAACUGAAAAGACAGUUUGGCACAAGAAACGCCGGUGAUCUUCAUAUUUACGUGGAUUCAUGUACCACAACCGUUUUCGUGGAAAUUAUAUUUUUUAAACUUCAUUGUCAACUUGGGGGAGAACUAUGCAUAAUUCCAUUUUCACACAUUAUCUUCUAUUUCAAAAAAAUUGUUAUAGUUUUUCUUUUUUAAAAAAAUUGUCUAUUAUUAUGGGAAUGAAUUCGUACAACCAAUGUCAUUAAAAAUAAUAUAAGAAUAGUUGUUUAAAUAGCCCUUCCAACCGGAACAGCUGGAUUUUUUUCUCGGCCGACGCUCAAGUGGUAGAUUACCCUCGCUGUACUGUAUUCAGUCUCUGACAUCUGCUUUUUAAACUUUUCUAUUAAUUUUAUUUUUAAUAAAUUAUUGACAGCAGCAAUGAAGAGUGGGUCAGUGGACGUUGGUAGGUACUUAACUAAGCUGUGCGCACCGGUCAAUUUUUCGGAUGCGAGAAACAGACCAUUAACCGGCGACCAGUCAAUGCCGGUAGGUCACGGGGUCAUAUUUAGAUUCCUUUGUCUACGUUAAGGGAGAGACAAUGAACUUCCUAUAGUCACGAGGAGGACGAUCAUUACAACAUAAACUUUUUCACCGGACUGACAGGGCUUGUGGCACAUAACUUUCGUUGGGAAAACAGGUAAUUUUGCUAGCGCUAUAUUUCGGAAACCAUAAUCGUGUUGUACUUAAUUCUUUAUGUGUUUGAUGUAUUAACGAUUUAACUAACUGAAACAAGAAACAUAAUGACAUUUAGAUAGGCCGAAAAUUGUAUAGACAGGGUGUAAAGUUGAAAAUAAUUCAUAACCAGUUAUCGAUUAGGCCAAAUGAACCGGAAGUGAUACCAUUCUCUGUUAUUAUUAUUCUUAUUGCAUAAGAAGUAUUCAAAAAUCUUUAUAAAUCUAUUGUUUUUAAAAGCAAUCCAGUUCAUUUUUAUUAUUAAACUUGUUUUUAUUUCAUGAAUGAAAACAAAUUUAUAAAUAUUUGAUGAAAUUUCAUAUUUUUUUUUAAUAAUAAAAUUUACAUCUGUGAUAACCAUGUCAAAACUGUAUGAUAUAUCACUUGAGUAAUUUAAAUAUAUGUUGUAAUUGUAAUAAUUAUCAAACUUCACAACAGUGAAUUAUAUUUUUGGAAAUUAAAUAAUGCCCUUAAUUAUAUAAUUUAUCUUAAACCCAGUUUAGAUACGGUAAACAAUGAAUAGUUGUAGUAGUAGUAGGCUCAGCAGCUACUAAACUAAACGUCAUCAUCUAUUUUGAUUAAAUUUCGUUAUUUUAUUUACCUUUGUCUUCUUAAUAACCUAUCUCUCUUUUUUCAUUUUCCUUUUGUAUACCCUAUUUUUAAAAAAAAAUGUAUAUUCCUUUCUUGCCUCAAAAUUUUACUGCUUUAGCUCAAAGCUAUUAUAUUUGACUUUUCAGACUUAGCCCAAUCUUUAAUUCUGGUCAUUGAAUAACUUUAUUUUUAAAACAACUAAACUAGUAGUUUGUAUAUGAAAAAUUUUGUUAAACUUUCUUAAAUUUAAAUUCCUGAGUAUUUUCUUUCUUUUAAAUAUACAGCCAUGUCCCCACCACUUUUUUUCUAGUAUUUCUAUUACCUAAGAUUCAUGCCUGUCCAUUCCAGUUGAUGCACCAGCUGUCAUGAGGACUCAUCAAGACUACCAGACUUUUUUAUAUAAGUAAAUUUAUAUCUGAUAUAAUGUUCCUUAAUGGAUAUGAAAUACAAACUACUUGACUUAAUCUGAUUAAAAGUAAUGUUAGAACAUCACAGUAUAAUAUCUAUACAUACUGGAUAUACAGCAUAAGUAAAAUAACCAUUGUCUUAAUUAAUGAAUAAUUUAAUUACAAUAUUAUCACACUGAAUUACACAAUCUUAAAUUAAAGACAUAUAUAAAUUAAAUAAGGUUACCUUUUGUUACUUAUGUUAAAAUGCUUAUUUUGUGUUUAAUUAAAUUGAUUUUCAAUCUCUAUUUCAGUUUGUCUGGACUACUAGACCACAUUGAAUUACAAGGAGUUUGUGUUGCGAGGAAGUGGAAAUAAUGCCUCUUCUGCUUAGAGGUACUGACUACCCAGCUGUGCCAAGUGUUGCUUCAGCAAAAUAUCUCUAGAUACGUUUUUGGAAUAUGGCUUCUCCUGCCAAAAUGUGUCUGCACGAACAAUUUCACUUAAAUUGUUGUACCGGUCUUUCCUGUUUUUACAAAAACCUAUCAGGUAUGACUGCAUGUCCAACUGGACAAUCCACCACAAUAUGGACCACCAGAGCAUAAUCUUAACAGCUAUUGAUAUUUUUCACCAACUACUGCAUUUAUAUGGCAAUUUAUAAACUCAGGACUCCUAUUUAUCAUCAUGAUGGGUGGAAGCAACAAUAUUGACACAAAGUAAACCAUUUUGGAAAACCAUUCAUUACCAAUGAUAUCUACACUCAGGACUCCAUUCAUCUGUGUCAUAAACUGAAUCAUUUCCAAUGGUAUCUAUAACUGUUACAAAUUUGAUCAGCAUUGCCAUGGACGGCUUACACAUAACGUGUGACCAUCAUCUUUCUAUGAAAGAAAAUAUAGCUCUUUUAUUCAGCCGUUCAAUGAACUAUAGAAGUACUAAUAUAAUAUUAAGUGAUCAUCAUUUGCACUUGUACUGUGGAUUUCAAAUAGCAUGGCUACUUGGAUUAUCAAUUUCAUGGAUUGGAUCAUGGAUGAUUGGAUUUGACAUAUAUGUGAUUUGCAUUUUUUCAAUGCAACUUAUCAAUUAUAAUACAUUAUUUUAUAAAUGUUUUCUGUGGAAUUAUUCACAGAAUUAAUAUUAAUUUACUAGAUGAUUGUGUGCAUUAACACAAUAGGUUGAAUUGGUAACAUUUAUGCAAUUUGUAUUUUUAAUGCACAAAAAGGCUAAAUUUUAAAUUAAAUCUACUCACUCUCUUUUGCUCAAAUGCCACUGAUUUAAUUCAUUUAUUGAUGUAUUAAUAUUUAAAUGGCUUAUUAUAAAUGCCCAAUGCCUAAUUAAACUAUGCUGAAAAUUUGAAGUCUUUAACUUUACAGGGAAAAUAGUUAUGGCAUUUUGAGUAUUGAGAACGGGCGAUAUAUUUUAAAUGAAAUUACUUACCCUCUGUUGUAAAAAUCCUGCACAUUAAUACAUAAGUCAAAAUAAUAAUAUGAAAAUGGCUUAUUAUAAAAGCCCAAUACCUACUUAAAUUUUGCUGACAAUUUGAAGGCUUUAUCUUCACAGGUAAAAACGUUAUGGCAUUUAGAGUAUUGAGAACAGGCACUAUGUUUUUAAUGAAAUUUACAUAACCUCUGUCCGUCAAAUCCCGUGCAUUAAUACAUAAGUCAAAAUAUUAAUAUGGAAAUGGCUUGUUAUAAAAGCCCAAUACCUAAUUAAACUGUGCUGAAAAUUUUGAGGCUUUAUCUUCACAGGUAAAAAAGUUAAGGCAUUUUGUGCAUUGAGAGCAGGCGCUACGUUUUAAAUGAAAUUUAUGUACCCUCUGUUCGUCAAAUCGCACACAUUAAUAUGUUUGUUGUAGUAUUUGCAUAACAAUGAUUUAUUAUUAAAGCCAAAAACUUAAUUGAAAUGUGUUGCUAAUUUCAGAGCUUUAACUUUGCUGAAUAAAAAGUUAUCGCAUUUUGAGUGUCAAAGAUGUCUUUUUUCGGUCACAGAAUUUUGGAAAAUAUUUACUAAGGCUAUAUAAGGAAAAAUUCUGACACUAAAAAUACCAUAACUUUUGUUCUAAUUAAGAUAGAAAGAUAAACUAGGUAUCAAUGGAAAGGAAAUACUGAGUCCUUUCUAAUGAUAUAGUUUCAUUAAUGUAUAACAACUUUGAAAUUUUAAGUGAAGUACCUAACGUUGAGGAUAAACAAAAUUGGAGUAGCCUAGCUAGAGUUUGUGAAGACUGAGGUGGUCCUUGUUUUUUAAGCCACUGUUACUGAUUCAUGAGAACAAUUUUGAGAGGCUAUAUGAGCAUGACUUUCUAUGUUGAAUAUGUGUUUAUGUAUUCAGUGUUUAAUUCAGAGGGUUGUGGGUAACCUGGGUAUGCAAAGCAAAUAAACACAUUUUAUUAUAAAACUUGUAUUAGUUUUAUGUGCUGAUUGGACCAAACAGUCAUUCCAACUGUUAAUAUUAAAGAGUAUAGGGUGGGAGAUUUUGAAAAGUUUGUUAUGAUGAAGGGCAGUGGAUAAUGGUGAUUGAUGAGCAAAUUAGAGGGCUUGAGGUGGAAGUAGGGUCCCGUUGGAAGUAAAAGGUUGGGGGCUGAAGAUUGGUAAAUAGAUAUCUGUUUUUCAAACUUAAAAUAAUGUUAAUAAAUUAAAGGCAUUUCAAAUAUCUGACUGAAAAACUAGGCCUACACAUGCGUAGGCAGAAUGUAAAAUUUAUAAAAUAGCAAAUCACACUAUUUCCUAAAAUUUCACACUAUUUAUAUGGAAUUCUCUUAAUUUAGGCUAAAAUAUCACAAUGAAUUAUCCUCGCAAUUAACUUUUCCAUGAUUUAUUUCUCCUGUGAUCAAUUAUCUUGAGGCAUUUAUAUGAUUAAUUUUUCAGUCAAGGUGCAAUUUUAAGGGCUGUUUGAAGAUUGAAAAGUAUUUGUAAUAAAUCCAUUUGAUGUUGAAAAUUUCUAGGGGUGGGGGAGGUUUGAUAAAAUAAGUUUACUUGACUGUUAGAAUGAUAACUUCUUCUCUGUGAGUUGUUAAAAUAAAUGUCCUUUGUCAUUAGAUGUGGAUUUAUUAAGAUUCAUAAACAUGAUUUCAAAAUUCAAUAACAAAUUGUUUUUAAAGUCAAUUAGUGGCUAUUAAUUAACUUUAAGGUUUAAGCUAAUUAAAAGUUUACAUGAUUUUAUUCUGAAGUUGUUGACAGGUUUGACCAAGUUUAAUUUUAAUGGUUACUUGAAUAUAUUUAGACUUCAAAUGUUGUUUUUUUGUACUUUUGUUUAUAGGAAGGAGCGUUUGUAAUAAUAUCCCUGUUUGGCACAGUGAAUGAUUCUGAACACAUCCUCUCAUUGCUCUGUAAGUUGGAAUUUUUUUUGGGCAUCAAAGCUAUUUUUUUGAAGGGAUGUUUCUGUUACCAAAGAAAUUUAUUUCGACUAAUGGUAUUGGUAUGCAAAUCUGAAUUUUGGUGUCACGGUGGGACUGUUUUCAUGUUUGGCUGCUUGAAAUUUUUUUUUAAAUUUCAAUGUCAAACAUGAAGUUUUCUUAUUAAUCUGUUUUUUCAAAAUUUGUUAAUGAUUAAUCCAGAGUCAGGGUAGUGUAUUAGACUCCCGAUUUUCGGUGGUUUUGCAUUGACAUUGCACUAUAGUUUUUUCUCACUCAAGUUUACCUAUAUUUAUUCAUUUUCCAUAUCACAAAAGUCUGAAAAAGAGUUAAACUGUUUUUGAUAAAAUUGAAAAUAAUAUUACUCUAAAGGAUUUUAUAUUGAUGUAUUCGUUAUAUUACUAAUAAUAGUUAUUUUUUGCACCCUCUCUUGUGUUUAAGUAAGACCCCAGGUAAUUUUACAUCACCAGUAUGAGGUAUCUUAUAUAUUAUUUGUAAAUUUAAAUUGUAAAUAUUUUUGCAUGAAUUAUGUAAAUUUAGGAAGGCUUUUUUACAAAUCAUUUACAUUAACUCUGUAUUACUUAAGUUAAGCUUCUUCCUAUGUUUGUACACAUCAUGUUCCUUUUAAUAACAGUGAUUUACUUGGGACCCCCCUGACUCGUAUUAUCACCUUGAAAAUGUGAUUUAAGGUUAAAAUGUCUGUAUUCUUUCUGAUCUAUACCAAUUUUAUUUAAAGGGAAGGAGUAUGGCAAAGCUGACAAGAGGUGGCUUUUCUCUGACCCAACCGUGGUCUCCUUGGAAAUACUGACCGUAGUUCUUGAUGGAUUGCUAUGCUGCAUAUUAAUCUGGUGUAUCCUGACCAAACAGUAUUAUCGACAUUUUUUUCAGAUUGUGCUGUGCGUCUGUGAGCUCUAUGGAGGUCAGUACUCCACUUCUUUGGUUUUAGUUUUAGAGGGUCAAUGCACUGUUACAUUAAAUUUGUAAGAGCUGUGUUGAAUCUUAACCAUUCAUGCAUACACAAUUAUUUUUUGUAGGUUGGAUGACCUUCUGUCCGGAAUGGCUGACUGGAAGUAAAAACUUAGACACCAGCUCUUCCAUGUAUUUCUGGGUGUACCUUACGUUUUUCAAUGGCCUGUGGGUUGUAAUACCCCUGGUAUUGUUGUACCAAUCCUUUGAGGAGAUGAAAGCAGCAUUUUGCAGUAAGAGAGAGUCUGAAUCACCAUCACCUCCUCUCCACAAAGAAAAGGGGGGAAACAAGAGAGAAAGAGGAGAUGACAGAGAUAGAUCAAACACAAGGAGAAGGAGAUAAAAAUCAUCAUUUUUUUAAAAAUCUGGCUUAGGUCAGUAUUCUUGGGGGCUUCCAACAAAUUUAACCAUCAAACACCAAAUUUCAAAGUCACCAGUAAUAUUGUAUUUGUCAGUUUGUAAACAGUCAAAAAGUUGCUUUGGACUUGAAAAUUGCCUAUACCACAAUAAUAUGUAGAAAAUUUGUGGAUAGUUUAUUUUAGAGAUGCUAAUUAUUUUAAUAAUUUCAUCAAAUAUUUUUUAUUUUUAAAUUUAAACUAAUGAAGUAACCUUUAAUUGAAGUAAACAUCAAUUGAAGAAACCACUAAUUGAAGAAAUCAUCAAUUGGGACAUAAAGAAAUAAAAAUAAUGUCUAAUUUGUAUUUGACAGAUCACUCAUGACUCAUAGCUAAUAUUAACAUUAUGCUGCAAGCAUCACCAAGCCAGUAGACAGUAAAUCUAAUAGGUUUUGGUACAUGCUAAUAACCUUUUUGUUUCUUUUAAGAUAGAAGACACUUCUUGAAAUAAAUGAAAUCAGUUAUCUAACCUUGAAUCCAUUGAAGUUUCUAACAUUUGUUAAUUCUAUCCAUGAUUUUAGUUUUUAGAAUUUUGUCAAAAAGGAAUUUUAAAAGUUUUUUGUUCAGAGACAACCGGAGGAACACACAGUCAGAAAACAAAGAUUUGUGACCACUGAAAAUACACAAAUUUGGGGACCACUGGGGGCAACAAAAACUAGAUACCACUAAGGGGUAGGGAGUGCCAAAUUGGGGGCCAUAUUGUUGAGGACCAAAGUGCAAGCUCACAGCCAGAGCUCAAAAUAACUGUUGCCAGUCUCGUAGUAACUGAAUAGUUUUCUUAAUAUAAUGUAUCAGGCUGCAGUACCUUUAUUUACUAUUGUUAUUGCAUUGUACUAUGUUUGAGCGUUACAGUUUAUUUAUUUGGUGCUUGUUAUCUCUUCUUAUAGUUUGCCACCAUAUCUGCAUUUUAUACAGGUGCAUAUGGACCAAGUUCUGAUGUUUCAGCUUUGCAAUACUAAGCAAUUAUUUUUUUUAGUCAGUCCU